AGGUGACAGUCUGGUCGUUUACGUUCUCUGUUCUUCUCCAACAUUUCAAAUUCAUCUUUUAUUCUCCUCAUUUGUCCGAGUCCGUGGAGUGGAGCAUUUCAGCAGACAUGUUUCAGCAGUUGGUGAUUAAAGAAGAAAUGCUCCCUGAACACCAGGAGCUGAAUCUAAGUGUCGACCAAAAGGAUGUUAAACAGGUACAAGAGGAAGUCUGGAAAAGUAACAAUGGACAGCAGCUUUACUGGCUGAAGACUGAGAAGACCAAGUUCUGUUUUGCCCGUGUCCCUGUGAAGACUGAAAAUAAUGAUGAAAUGCCACAGUCAUCACAGGUUCUCCAAAACUCAGACAUGCAGCCGUUGUUGGUGAUUAAAGAAGAAAUUGUCCCUGAACACCAAGAGGACAUUAAAGAAGAGAAGCUGUGGAUAAGUCAGCAGAGAGAACAGCUUCAGCAGCUGGAGGAGGCAGAUCUCACCAAGUUUGGUUUCAUUGUAAAGAGUGAAAAUGAUGACGAAAAACCAGAGUCGACGCAGCUUCAUCAAAAUCAAAGUGAUAAGAGCACAGAGGCUGAGCCUAUAGCCAGCAGCUCAUCUGUACACAAAACACUGACAGCAGAAACUGAUGGAGAGGAUGAUGGAGGGCCACAACCAGCCAGCAACUCAGGUCUAACGCUGAACAACUCUGACAUCUUGGUCCUUCGAGCCGGAUGCCAACAGACCGGAAACUCGUCGGCCCGUGACGGAGAACGCCCGUGGAGUCUGCAGCCACAGCACGGGAAUCAGUUCCUGCAGACCCUUUCUGGGUGACGGGUCUCCUCCCUAAAGGUCGACGCUUACCGGGGUGAAGGCAUACGGACGACAGCGGUGGUGAUGGAGUGUGA